AUGACGAGCACAAACCGGAGGAAUGGCAGACUCGCCUCGUGCGAGAAUUGUCGGCGGAGGAAGAAUCGCUGUGACCACACUCGGCCUGUUUGCAACCGAUGUCAAAUCCGAGGUUUGGCAUCGACCUGCUUCUAUCAUCCAGCUCCAUUGACAAGGCCACACGCUUUGGGCGCCGCGGGAGAAGCGCAGAUUGCCCUUGUGAAUCUCGGUCAAAAUGCCACCGAGACCACGAUAGACUGCUCUCCUUCUUUCAACAAUCGAUACGACCAACCCCGAUCCUCACUUCCAUGGCCGUCGGUUGCCUCUGAUGCCCAUGAUCCGGGAUAUCGGCUACCAGGGCUAGGAGCAAGCCCUGCAGCUAUUCAUGCCGAGCAAGUUGCUGUUACAGUAGAGAUGCUGAUUCAACUUCAGCAUAUUGACAUAGUAGAGAAGCUGCUCAACGAGUACUAUGUCCAUAGCCAUGCGGUCCUGGUACCUGGAGCACUCGUGCUGCCAGCUUUUUCGGCACUUCGUACGCACGGAGUCGGUAUGCCGUCGCCGUCACCACCUGCCUUGGUCGAAUCUGAAGACAGGAUUCUACAGAUUGCGGAAGGCAUCGUCCGAUCGACAUCGGCCACUAUCAACGUUGAUUCAGACUGCACGUCGCCAAAGUUUUGCGCAUCUUAUACUGGUCAGAAUCUCCGCCUCGAGGCUGUCGGCUUAAUAUUUGCGCUCGCAGGCCGGUCGUGUCUGCUUGGUUAUGGUAAACGUGAUCCACGUGAUGCAUUUGUACAUACCAUGUUUCGCUGCAGCACAUGCUGCCUGCAGAUUGCUCGCGAAAUUGCCCCAGGAGUCAACGACCCGAUGGUGUGGUUGUCGUACGAAAAUCUCUUGCUGACAAUGACCAUACAGGGAGAUGCAAGUCCCAAUGUAUGGCGUCGGCUAGGUGACCUGGCAAGCGAUGUGUAUGCUCUUGGCAUCCAUCGGGAGUUUAACCACGCUGGCAAGAUACCAUUCUUUCUCUCCGAGUGUCGUCGUAGAACAUUUGCCGCGGCAUAUCAUGUUGAUAAGCUGAUAUGCACAUUCUUUGAAAGACCUCCGAGAAUACUGAGGCGCUUCUCCGAUUGCAAAAUGCCACUAGAUCUUCUCGAUGACGAAGUUCUCACAGAUGCAAACAAAGAAGAGCAGACGGGACUUCAGCUGGACUCAGAGGGUUGGAGUCUUACAGCUCGCUUCUCUAGUUCAACUUGGGCGAGAAUACGUUAUGUUCUCGGCGUUUUCCGGGAAGAAAUUCUGGAGUUUCCAUUUCGUCAAUUCACCGCCGAGAACAAGGCCAAGCUGAUGCAAAGAUGUCAGCAAUCAUGGAGGUCAUUACCGGAGCACCUCAAGUACACACAUCAGUGCUGGACAUCAGAUCUCGAGGCUACUGUUUGCCUGAUGCUCACUGUUGUGUAUCUGUCACAUCUACAGAACGAGUUUCAGAUACAUCGUCUCCUUGAGAGAAGCGCAAGGAGUCCUGCCCCAGAAUUACUUACUGUUUCAGCAGAGAUCGUUGCAGUCGUUGUACAGCUGGGUAAAUCGCGCGAUAAAGCAGUACUUCUGAGGCACGACUUCCCAAAUAUCGUAGUCAACUACGGUCUUCCCAGCGCCGCCGCAUUGGUGGCCGCGGUGCAAAAUGGGGCUAGAACACGAACUCAGCCAUUGCCACACAGUCUGAGUCGUUCUGCGGUUAUCCGAAGCCUUAUGGUAUUCGCUUCGUAUCCUGAGAGUAUUAGUGACGUGGGCGAGACGAUAGAAAAAACAUGUAUGCAAGCCGCACAAUCAAUAUCUCGCACCGUGGAUUGUAUGCUCGAUGAGCCGCCCUCCUCGUUUGGCACGACGCCAGAUAUGACUCUCCCCGCGUCGAUGUCUUGCGAUGAUCCUGACACUCCCUUUUCACCUUCACAAUUCAUGCAAAUAGGACCUGACAUUACCGGAUUCCCAAACUGUGACUUGCUUAAUCGCAAUGCAGCAGAUGGCUUUGAUCUUUCUGGAUGGUUGAAUACUACUGCAUGGACAGGCAAGGAUGUUGGCUACUAG